AUGGUCCACAUCGCCGGCCCCGUCCUCGACGGCAAGAUCCUCCCACCAGAAGGCAUCAAGGCAUGGCAUGUGCACGAGAAGCUGCAGGACAAGUUGACGAUCGUCGUCGUCAACUGGGGCAUUGCGGCCUCGGUCCUCCUCGUGGCCGGGCUGAUGGUGCUCGAGUUCCCGCGCUUCAGCAUACGCCUGUACGCCUCGCUGCCUCAAUACCGCAUCGUGCGCAAGCGGCGGCCGGCGCACGCCCAGUCGACGACGUCGGAGGCCUGGAUCGAGUUUGACCGCGAGCUGCCGCCAACCCCUGCGCUGCCGUCGUCCGGCGGCGACCUGUUCCGCGGGUGGCGGCUGAAGAGCGCUGCGCCGACGGCGCACGGCGCGCGCGCCAUCGCCACGACCGAGCCAUACCCCGACGCCAAGCCCCCCGCGCGUCUGCAGCCCCGCUUCCACAACCUCGGAUACUAUGCCCCCCUGUCCAAGCUCCUGCCGUCGCCGUUCCAGAGCCGCGUCGGGCUCGGGCAGCUGUGGCUCAUGGUCGCGUUCGGCGCCAUCUCGCUCGUCAUCUGCAUCUACCGCUCCGACCUGUCCGUUCCGACGGCCGCCAAGAACUGGACUGGCUGGGACUUGAACCGCACCGGGCUGGUAUGCACCGCCUUCAUCCCCGUCGCCGUCGCGCUCGGCGUGCGUGGUAACCUCGUCGGCUUGGCCAUCGGCAAGGGCUACGAGCGCAUCAAGGUCAUGCACAAGUGGGUCGGGCGCGUCACUGUCCUCAUCGCCUCGGUCCACUCGCUGCUCUUCGUCCACAAGUGGAUCAUGGACGGCACGUUCAUCAAGAACUCGUCGAGCCACUCCGGCAUCACGGGCUACGUGGCGUGGCUCGCCAUGCUGCUCAUGUUCUUCACGUCCCUCCCGUGGUUCCGCAAGCGGUGGCACGGGCUCUUCAAGUUCUUCCACGUCGUCGGCAUUCUGUCGCUUGUCAUGGUCGGCUUGCACGUUGCCGGCGCCAUGCCAUGGGUCGCGUCCGCGAUCGCGCUGUACGGGCUCUCGAUCCUCAUCUCGCUCUUCAAGAUGCGCUAUACCAAGGCCUACCUCGUCGCGCUGAAGGACUGCCAGAUGACUCUCGUCUCCAUGCCACACAUCACGACGGGGUGGCGCGCAGGCCAGCAUGUCCGCGUGCGUGUGCCGGCCCUCGGCGUGCGCAACUUCCUCCACUCGCACCCGUUCACUAUCGCCUCGGCGCCCGACACGGCCGGCCUCGUCCUCCUCUGUGCCGCGGCGGGCGACUGGACAAAGGAGCUGCGCGCGCUUGCACAGACAGGCGACAGUGAGGACAAGUCGGACGUCGGGACGUACAAGCACGACGUGGGCAUCCUCAUCGAGGGGCCGUACGGCGGGCCGGGCAACACCCUUCCGGCGAGCUUUACGUCUAUCGUGCUGUUCGCCGGCGGCUCAGGUCUCUCCUAUGCAAUGGGCAUGGCGCACGACCUCGUCGAGCGCAGCCGUACCGGCGCGAUCGCGGCGCGCACCAUCGACCUGGUCUGGACAGUCCGCGCAGAGGGCACCGCGCGCCCGCUCAUCCCGACGCUGGCCGCGCUCGUCGACGACGCACAAGCAUGGGAGGAGAAGAUCCUGCGCGAGGUGUCCCGCGGCGCGCAGCAUACCGUCCGCGCGCCGGCGCUCCGGAUCCACGUCUACGUCACGCGUGCGGACGGCGAGCUGACGCUCGUCCCGCGGAGAUUCGCGCCGUCGUCGCCGCUCAUCUCGCCGCUCCCUUCGCCAAUGUUCCCUCCAGGCCGCGGUGGCCUUGCGAGCGUCAGCAGCUCAAUGUCAGACCUGACGCUCAUCAACAACGCGUCAGUGAAGAACCUGACGCCCAAGCCGCACGCCCCGACGUCAAGCUACUUCUCGUCUGCGCGCCCCUCUCUCAGCACGAGCAGGCCAAGCUUGUCCGUCGCGACGGACGACUCGCCCGAGCCCAUCGUGGACGGCGUCAAGUCGACGCUGAAAGCGAGCAAGGGCAGACCAAACGUCGCGUCUAUCGUGGCCGACGUGACAGACGAAGCGAUCACGCGGCAGGGCCGCGAGCUGAGCGCCUCGACCGGCGUCUUCGUCGCUGCGUGCGGGCCUGCGCCGCUCGUCGACGACGCGCGCGAGGCGUGCCGGAGCUUGCCGGCUUGGAAGCGCCAUGCCGUCGGCGGCGUGGAUUACGAGGCUGAGUUCUUCGGAUUCUAG